AUAAUCAAACGUGUAAUUAAGAUUUAAAUACUUUUUUCUAAGAGUCAAAUUACUGGGCAUAUAAUUGUAAAGACAAUAGAAAUGUUAUUGCGAAGUAAAAGGGAAAUUGACUGUCAAUGGUCCGUUACUUUUCUCCUGCCAACUGCCUUCACACCCAAAACACAGGACUGAAAUGUUAUAAUUCAGAACUUGUAACUGAAUUUCCAAUGUUGGUGUGUCUGUGUUUUAGGGAAAAACCUGAGGAGAUUAUUGUCCGACCACUGAUGGGAAAUGGGGCCAGCAGCUCUGGAGUGAAGAGAAAGCGGGUGCCCACACUGUACAUCUAUGGUCUUAGUGCCCCGGCCCGGGCAGCCUGGAUGACGGCCAAGGCUGCAGAGAUUCCUGUCCGCCUCAAGUAUAUUGACCUGUUCAAGGGAGAGCACAAGACACCGGAAUUUGCAAAGAUCAAUCCCGAUAUGACAGUGCCAACAUUGGUAGAUGGAGAUUUCACACUGUGGGAAAGCCGUCCUAUCAUGCAAUAUAUGGUCAGCAAAUGGGGAGGAAAACAUUCCUAUCUAUACCCAACAGAUCUCCAGAAAAGAGCCAUUUGUGAUCGUCUCAUGAACUUUGAUCUCGGCUCUGUGUACAAAACAGUUACAGAGUUCACGUAUCCCCAGCUCUUUCAAGGGAAGCCCCCUGAUCCUGAUAAAGAGGCUGCGAUGAAGAAAGCAUUUGAAUACCUCAACCGAAACCUAGAUGGUGGCCAACGAUACAUGACCGGUGACGACCUCACAAUUGUGGACAUCUCCAUGGCAACAAACAUAUCAUUGACUGAGAUUAAAGGUUACAUGAUGGAUAAGUGGCCAGACCUGGCAAUGUGGUACCGCCGUAUGAAGGCUCUUCCAUAUUGGGCAGAAUGUAAUAAGGGGCUGUAUGAAUGGAAGACUCCCCAGUGAUGAAAACA